AUGACCAACAUUAAACGUGAAAUAGGCUCUCAUAACUCUAUUGAUUCACACGAUUCACCAUACACAAGCUCAUCAUCGUCCAAUGCACCGCCUCCACCUCCGCCCUACUAUGGCAAUGCACAUCACUCAGUACCAGACUCUUUGCCACCACCCACAGCAACGACCGCAAACAGCAAUGCUUCUUCUUAUGUACACGAUACUCGAUCAACAGGCCACCAAGUUUAUGCUGAAGGUUCGUCGUUGAACCCCGAGCAAGAGGACUCGGCUUUACCCGGAACGAACAGUGACACUUAUGCAACGGCAACCAUGGCAGCACCCCCACAACCAACAGCAGGAGGAUUAUCAGGAGUGGAAUCGUUUCCAUCGCAACAGCAACAGCAACAACAACAACAAUCAUCACUUUGUGGAGCGAUUGGUUAUGAUGAAAGAGAAAGGAGAACGUAUGAGCUUGUUGUUUGUCAACAGCCUCUCCAUGCCCGAAUGUGUGGAUUUGGUGAAAAAGACCGACGCCCCAUUGACCCGCCACCCAUUGUGAAAUUGAUUGUACAACAAGAACAGGGUCCUGUCGAUGUGCAGACUCUUCAAACACCCUUCUUUGUAUUGCACGUGACCCUUUGGUCUGCGGAUCGUGUGGAAGAACGCAAUAUCAUUUCUAAUCCACCCAAAUGCACUCGUGUCUUGAUGGGGUCUCUUGUCAGCUCUCCCAGUCUACUUAAAGAUCCUUCCGGUGAACAAGGUUUAUACUUUGCAUUUCCCGAUUUGAGCAUUCGAACAGAAGGACGAUAUACUUUGAGAUUUAGUCUUAUGAAGUUGGCAAGCUCUGACUUUCAAACCGAUGCCAAGUCAAGGAUCAUUGCUCAAGUCUUCUCGGACCCUUUCACCGUUUACUCUGCCAAAAAGUUCCCUGGAAUGACUGAAUCAACCGAGCUAUCCAAAGCAUUCGCCAAACAAGGUCUCAAGAUACCGAUCCGAAAUGAUGUGCGUGCACGUAAAUCAGAUGGCGGUGCAUACCAUAACGACAAGUAA